UGCUGAAGGUUUGGUUGCCCCCACCCUAGCUGGCACCAUGAAGUUCCCUCUAGUUCUCUGCCUGCUGUGCCCGCUGGUCCAGGUUGCUUUCCACUCUGUGCAAGGGUGGCAGGCCUUCAAGAAUGAUGCCACCGAAAUCAUCCCUGAGCUCAGUGAGCAGCCCGAGCCUCCGCCUGACCUGUCGAACAGCAAUAACAAGACGAUGAACCGGGCGGAGAAUGGAGGGAGAUACCCACACCACCCCUUGGAGCCCAAAGACGCCUCGGAUUACAGCUGCCGGGAGCUGCACUUCACCCGCUACAUCACCGAUGGGCCCUGCCGCAGCGCCAAGCCGGUCACUGAGCUGGUGUGCUCGGGCCAGUGCGGGCCAGCGCACUUGCAGCCCAAUGCCAUUGGGCGCAAAUGGUUGUGGCGCCAGAGCGCCCCGGACUAUCGCUGCAUCCCUGACCGCUACCGCAUGCAGCGCAUCCAGCUGUUGUGCCCGGGAGGCGAGGAGUCCCGGACUCACAAGAUUCGUGUAGUGGCCUCCUGCAAAUGCAAGCGCUACACUCGUUUCCACAACCAGUCGGAGCUCAAGGACUUCGGCAAGGAGGCCGCUCGACCCCCCAAGAACAAGAAGCCGCGGCUGUCCCGGAUCCGGAGCGGCAAGUCCAAACAGCCAGAGCUGGAGAAUGCUUACUAGGGAGCCCCUAGACCCUGCCCCAGGCCGCUUCUCCCUCCAAGACGUGCCAGAGCCGAGGUCACCCCGCAAAGGCCUCUGGGUCUUUGUCUGUUUCUUUGUUUUGUUUUGUUUUCAUUCCUGAAGCGCAGGGUAGGGUCUGUCUCCCCAAAUCCCGAAGCCUGAACCUUUUAGCGCAGAGGGUGAGGAAGACUGAUAGCCAGGCCACUGGGAAACUGGGAGGGGACCGAGCAACGUGGGGUAGCCACGUGGAGGGGAGGGGGCCUCCCGCCAGCCUUGGAACAAGCUGGUGGAUCUCUUCUGGGAAGGGGAGGGCUGGACAGGUAGGAUCUCCUGUAACCGAGACACUCCCAGCCCCCCCCCCCACUACCACAGGAGUUCGGAGGGGAGAGUCUCUGCACUACCCCAUCCCUUCCGCCAACUUGCUUAUACCCCAGGAGUUAAAAGAGAGCGCUUAGGAGCGCCUAAAGGGUAUAUGAAGCCCUGGGCUUUGCAAUCUUCAGUAAUAUUUAUGACCUACUGAUUAGAAAAGAAAGUGGCAUGAGAUUAGUCCUCCAUUGUCUCCUGGUCCCAAUUCCAUCUGGAAGUCUUUAAGGUGUAAGUAACAUCAGGUUGUCAAAAAGGAAAAUCCCACCUUUAAAUAGGAAGCCUAGAGAAAUUGGACCAGAUGAUCUUGAAGGACACAGCCAACUCUGAGAAUCUGAACUACCAGAUCAUCUAGCCCUCCUAUCAAAACCUAGUUCUGUUCGCCAGUGUUCAAGGAGGGUGGAGAGAUGGUAACUUUCACAGCUUGGCUUUCCAGUUCAGUUGUAAGCAAAUUCUUCCCCCUGGGGUGGGGUGGGGGUGGUUGCAGAGUUAUUAUACUUUGCAAACCUUGUGAACUUUCAUUUUUCAGCCACCACUGAAUUGUCAGCAGGGCAAGGAGAUGGGCUAACUCCCAACACAAAACGGGACCUAGGUAGGAAAUGAAUAACAGUACUUCUUAGAGUAAGCCCGGAGUGAGGGUGUUGGGGGAAAAGCAGCUGGAGAAACCGUGCCCUCUCUCCCAGAAGGACAGUUCUAUUCCUGACCUAACACUUUCUUUCUUAUGGUAACCUCUGCAAAGUUCUCUCGUGACCCAGCCCCUCUCCUCCCACCAGUACCUGGGGUCUGUGCCCACAGGUCUUCGUGACAGAGACCAGUGUUGGUUCAUUGUAAAAGAUGAGCCAGUCAAAAGGCCUGGUCCAUGCACAUGUAGUUCACUGGCACAUUCUUCUCCUGAAAAUAGCUUAGCCCCACGCGUACAUGUGUUGAUGCUCCUUUCAUUGAAAGAUCAUUGUUGGAAAGCAAAAACAAACAAAAAAAUUGCAACUGCUGUACAUAUGCUGAAACCCCACAAAAUGCAAUAACUGCAGUCCAAAAAUCUUUUGGCAAAACAUUUUCAGAUACUUCUUUGUGUAUAAUUUUUAAAAAAUGUUUUGUUGUGUGUGUGUGUGUAUGUGUACGUAUGUGUUUUUUUAAGCGUAUUCAAUGUGAAAGCCUGCAGGUCUGGUAGCUUGCAUUUGCAGUGCCUCCAGGUGGGACCCUGACGCAGGAAUGAAAGUAAUUGUUUUUAAAAGAAUAAGUUACAUAUUUAUUUUCUUGUUUAAGUUAUUUAUGCAAAAGUAUUUUUCUCGUAGAGAACAAAAAAUUAAUAUUGCUUUAUGAAAUAACAGUCUGGUCUUUCAGGAU